UGACUGGGGAACUCCAAUUGUGCCAGUAACCAAACCGGACGGCUCCGUACGGAUUUGUGGUGACUACAAGAUAACCAUAAAUCAAGCAUCCAUGCUGGUCAGGUACCCCUUGCCACGUAUUGAUGACUUGUAUGCAACACUAGCUGGUGGUGAAAAGUUUACCAAACUCGAUCUGAGUCAUGCAUACUCGCAGAUAGAGCUCGAUGAACCUUCGAGGAAACUUACUACCAUCACCACGCACAUGGGACUAUUUCAAUAUACUCGUUUACCUUUUGGCAUUAAUUCCGCCCCCGGAAUAUUUCAGAGAAUUAUUGACGACCUAGUGAAGGACAUUCCUUUUGCGUGUGCUUAUCUGGAUGAUAUUCUUAUCUCUGGACGCUCGGAUACAGAGCAUCUUCGAACACUCGCGGUCGUGCUCGAGCGUUUGGAGCGAAGUGGAUUCAGAUUGAAAAGGUCUAAAUGUGAGUUCCUUUCACCUUCCGUUUGUUACCUUGGAUACCGGCUUGAUAAACACGGUUUACAUGUUUUAAAUGACAAGGUUAAACCUAUUUUAGAAAGCCCAGAGCCAAAGAGUUGUGAUGAACUCCGUUCGUUCUUAGGAAUGCUAUCUCACUAUCGCCGUUUUCUGCCUAAUGCAUCGACGGUUCUAUCGCCAUUAACUGAGCUGUUACACAAAAAUGCAUCGUGGUGUUGGGGUUCCCGUCAAAAAAUGCCUUCAAUAAAGCAAAACAAGCUCUUGCUUCGCCACCAACGUUAGUCCAUUAUGACUCUAACAAGCCACUCAUACUUCAGUGCGACGCGUCCCCUUGGGGGGUCGGGGCUGUCCUGUGCCACCGCAUGGACGAUGGUUCUUUACGUCCCAUAGCAUAUGCAUCGCGCACCUUACAGACGGCGGAGAAGAACUACUCACAACUGGACAGGGAAGCGCUAGCCGUUAUCUUCGGAGUUAAGAGGUUUCACCAGUAUUUAUGGGGAAACGUUUUCGAGCUUCAUACAGACCACAAACCAUUGAUAUCCUUGUUUGGGGAAAACAAAGGUAUACAACAAAUGGCAUCACCGAGGAUGCAAAGAUGGGCUAUAACCUUGAGUGCUUACAGUUACAAGAUUGUUUAUAUUACCGGCGUCAGCAACUGCACAGCUGAUGCACUCAGCCGUCUGCCGAUCACGGAAACUGCACAUGAACACGACCCUCCGUUUGAACUGGUUAAUCUAAUGCAACAUCUAGACACAACACCGAUACGGAGUUCAACAAUCCGUCAAUGGACGGAUCGAGACCCCGUGCUAUCAAUGGUGAAACGCUUUUUGAACAUGGGUUGGCCUCCUGAAGGGACAGUUGAAUUACAACCGUUUAUGAUUCGGAAGAACGAACUGAGUCUAUUCGACGGCUGUGUUUUUUGGGGCUCUCGUCUAGUCCCUCCCACCAAGGCGCGUUCACAGAUACUUAAAGAGCUCCAUGAUGCUCAUCCAGGUGUGGCGAGAAUGAAGGCACUAGCGAGAGGGUACUGCUGGUGGCCCAACAUCGACUCAGACAUAGAGAACUUACUGAAGAAUUGCGAUAUUUGUCAGGCGUAUCAGCGGAGCAAGGCGCCAGGUCCAAUACACCCUUGGCGUUGGCCAGACAAGCCCUGGCAGCGUAUCCACGCCGACUACUUCGGACCGAUCGACGGGACCAUGUUUCUUCUACUUAUUGAUGCACAUUCUAAGUGGAUUGACGUACAUCCAGUUACUCAGGCGACAGCCGAAUCCACCAUCACUAAAAUGCGCUCGUCCUUCGCUACGUUUGGCAUUCCGGAAACCAUUUGUACAGACAAUGGUUCGCCUUUUACCAGUGCCGAAUUUGGUAAAUUUGUCGCCAACAACGGAAUCCAACACGUUAAAUCAGCCCCGUAUCACCCAGCAUCAAACGGAUUAGCGGAGCGUGCAGUACAAACUGUGAAACAAGGCUUACUAAAGCAGCGAACGGGAACAUUGCGAACAAAACUGGAUCGGUUCCUAUUCUCCUACCGUUCUACACCCACUGAGGCUACCGGGAAAUCCCCGGCGGAAUUGAUGUUCGGCAGAAAUCUGAGAACGAGGCUUCAUUUGUUGUUCCCGAACCCGCGUGUUGAAGUACAGGAGCGUCAGAAAAAGUUUGUGUCUUCAGAGGAAUCAAAGCCGGAAGUUACAUUUCAGGACCAUCAACCUGUUUACACCAGGUUACCGCAUGAACAAUGUUGGCAGCCGGCGACUGUGCUCGAUUCUUCAGGAAGUCAAAACGAUUUGCAGCUUCCGGACGGCCGGGUUGUUCGCCGGCACUCAGAUCAUGUACGCCCCAGGAGCACUGACACACCUGCCGUGAGUCAGUCACACUCGGAGAUCGCAGAGCAAGCUGCAGAGCACGAUGAACACAGAACAACAGGGGAAACUCAAUUACGCCGAUCGACCCGGAUUCGCAAACCGAUCGAACGUUUCCAGCCAUGACUGUAACGUCAGCCAAAACAGGGAGGACUGUUACGUGUUCAACCAAUGAUCGCUCACUAUGACCGUGAACGUGAUUGGCCCUACACACACACGUAGAUAAGCACGCACACACGCACUCAAGGACACACCCUAACUUUCCGUGUUCACAUGUAAACCGUUAAGUGUUCAGUAUACUACGUGCCAGAC